AUGGGACUUUUCUCGGGACUGACAGAAGUUACAGUUGCACCUGAUAAGGCACAGCGUGUCAAAUGCUGGGACAAGCGUGAUCGCUUUUUUCAGUGCCUAGAUGAACACUACAUUGACAACUCAUUAGAUAAGAAGGAACUUGCAAAAGUUAAUGACAAGUGCGGAGAAAUCAAGAAAGAAUUUGAAGAGGAUUGUGCAGCAAGUUGGGUGAAAUAUUUCCAAGAGAAAAGAUUUAACGAUCUAGUAAGACAAAGAUAUAUUGCAAAAUUAGAGAGUGAAGGAGCACAACCAUUACCAUUCAAAAUUGAAGGGGUUAAGAAAUAG